AAAAAAAAAAAAGUGAUUUGGAAGCAAAUUCAUUUUCUCAUACAUUUCACAAUUGUGGGUUCACAAAAACAAACAUUUUUAGUUAACAAGUGGAUUCCAUUCAUUCAACCGAAUCACUUGAAUUUGUCUUGAGACAACUUGGAUGCUAAAUUAAAAAGAAAAGAACCCGGAUUAUGAAUCCUUUACUCAGUAAUGUAAUCAUUUAAAUUUCUGGAUGAUAGCCUCAGGGAUGUAGUUAUCCUAAAUUUUGUGUAUUAGGAGUCUAAUUUAAUCCUAAACUGAGUUCAGAUCCCUAGCUUUACAAUGCACUUUUUGUCUUGGCUUCCUGGGUAUGUACCACCCUGCAUCUCUUUCUUGUACAACGUGGGAGCAUAGCAUGCUGGGUACCUGCAGCACAGCAGUCAGAAUGUGUGGACAGCUAUCACCAGUAAAAGCCUCUCAGUUGCUGUUCUCCAAUGACCCGAAAUGUAAAUGCAUAACACAAACAUCUGCUAAAAUCAACCCAAAGACCUUCCAUCACAUUGAGAUGAUUCCCAAAGGUGCCCACUGUGACAAGGUCGAGAUAAUAAUCACCUUGAAAAACCAACACGUUGUCUGUGUGAACCCUGAAGCAAUAUGGAUCCAACAUGUUGUUAAGGUCCUUCUGCAGAGAAGAAACACCACUGCCGCCAUAGAUGAGAAUCCCAAACAGCAACUGGGCAGUACUGAAGCAAAUACAAAAGCAUGACGCAACAUCAUUUUGUUCCCUGAUACUACAGAAUAAUCUACUUCUUUUAAUGAUCCUCUAUUACAAACAGGACCAUUCAAAUAGUAGUAUGUAAUAAUUCUAUGAAAAAUUAUUUUAAUAUUUGCUUCAUGUGGGCCAUAUAUAAACACAUUUAAAUAAGAAAAAAGUUGUAUUGUUUUGAGACCAUUUAAAUCUUUGCUUUGUAAGAAUAAAAACAAACUGAACAAAAAAUCCUAGAAGUAAUGUAAAUGACUGACCGUAAUGUACACUUUUUAAAGUAAAUUGCUUUUCCGUUCCUAUUCCCUAUUUUCCCGUAACCAUUCCCUAUUUUGUCAUUUUUUUAAAUUAAUAAACCAAAUGUUUAAAUAAAUGUAUUUGUUGACUGUAAAAAUGCUAUCUUUUUUAAAAUUUAUUCCUAGUAAACAGUCUCUUUUAUCACCGUGUCAAUAUGGCAUUGUUACCUGUUGUGUGAAUUUUUCAAUAAAUUCUACAGACCAAACUUCAGUUACCCAAACAACCACAAAGACUAUUUGAAAGUCAUCGGGCUCUUAGCGAUACAGUUAAAACAAUGUGGCAGAGAAAAGGCUCAUUUUUACAGGAAAGCGCUGAACUUUAUGUAGGCAUUGGCAUAUACUGCCGAAUGUAGUCAAGAGGCUGUGUGAUCCAGCCUCUUGACUACCAGCAGGUCCCAGGUUCAAAUCCCACACUGACUCACUGUGUGACCCUGAGCAAGUCACUUAACCUCUAUGUGCUCCAACUUUCGGGAGAGUCGUUGUUGUAAGUGACUCUGCAGCUGA